UCCGCCCCUCUCUUCUAUCAGUCCUCCUCCUUUCUUUCUCGAACAGACAACUCAGUAAGAGGGAACUCAAAGACGAGUCAGACGAGACGGGGACUACCUCGAGCCCUUCACUCCAUGAGCCACGGUGAUCCCACCCCGACGCGACGCCACUGUGAUCUCACCCCGACGGUCGUGGCCGUACCCUCUGAAGGCUGAAGCACAGACGACUCCCGACUCCGUCCCUCUGGUCUCGCUCACGCUCCGACGCUCCUCCAGCUCUCGCUGCUCUCCUAUCCGAUUGAGUCUCUCUCUCUCUCUGUACUCUCAGUCCGUGUCCGAUUGCACAGUCGCUUGAAGUUCGUCCGCCUCCAGCCCUUGUCCACGGCACAUAUAAAGGUCGCUCAAGCUUUUUCUUCACGGCCGGAUUUGAUACCUCCUGAAUAUCUGGACGAACUGUUGCUGUUGCUAGAUAAAAUAGCUCCAUUUUGUACUGAGGUUGCUUUCUGUUUGUCUGUUAUUUGCGGAGAUUUCACCAGAGCCAAUAGCAGUAGCAUCCCUUGGACAGGUUUUAUACUACAAAAUAUUUCAUAAUCUUUCAGCUCGUUGUUCAGGGUGUACUUCUUCUUUUAGUCAAAAUGAUCGCAUAAAUUAUGUGGAGUUAUAUAGUUAUAUGCCCCGUCUAUUCUUUGCCUAUAUUACUUCCUCAAACAUUAAUUUUAUUCUCCCAAGCUUGCAUGAGCUUUGCCAGUAACACUUUAGUAGCUGACACGGAUAUAAAUAGGUCAUGUUCGUAUUUUCAAAAUCUAAUCCGUUUAAUAAUCGUGUCGUGUAUGGAGACGCGUAUCUAUUAUGACACGUUUCGAUAGAUAGGUUAAACAUGUCAUGUUCGGGUUGACACUGAUAUAAACAGGUCGUAUUCGUUUUUUCAAAAUCUGACAUGUUUAAUAAUCGUAUCGUAUCGUGUACAGAAUAUGACUUCAGUGGCGCGUCCGUUUAGACACAACAUAUAUGAACAUGAAAUGACGCAAAAUGGCAGCCCUAUCUAAAUAUAGAAGUGAAACUGAAGCUCCCCGAGCCGUGAGUCAUGUUAAUAAUAUGCCACCAUGAGAUAUUUUGGAAUUUUAAUGGCUCUUAUGUUUGUGGCGGUCGUCAUCAUUCACCUUCACAGAAAUAAAGCAGCAACGACAAAGAGUGGCGAGGGAGAAAGAAAGCAAGAAAGAGAAAAAAGUGGCGAGGGAGAUUCUUGCGUGAUUGCGAGUUCCACGUACAAGGAGUAGAUUUUGGGCAAACAUCGGUGGGGGUAUGAAAGGAGAACGAUUCUGCCGUCCUACUUCAUUCUCCUAGCAUGCGUGAUUUGCUGUCAGAGCGAGUCCCGAGCCAUCCCAUCUAUCUGUUUGCUGGUAGCAAGAAAGGAAAGGAGAGGAAACUAAAGGACUGAUACUGCUAGGGCGUCCGACGAGCAUCCUACCUACCUUGCUUGGGAGCUCAUUUCAAGAAGAGACGGAAAAGUGGCAAUUUCAGCGGGAUGAAUGUGAACAAUUUGCCGGUAUUGCAGUCUAUAAAUAUUCUGUACCAGCAGCAGGUAGAUGGAAGCCACAAUGUACUGUCGUUCUCAUCCGCAGACGAUCCGGCGAUAGGCCACGAGUAUGAAGUCUUCCUGAGUUUCAGCGGGACCGACAUCCGGAAGUCCAUCACGGACUGCCUCUACCAUAGCCUCAUCGAUGCAGGGGUUCGCGCCUUCAGGGACAACGAGGAGCUUCAUGUAGGGGAGGAGAUUGGACCCAAGCUCAUGAAAUCAAUCAAGCAGUCAAAGAUUGGGAUCCCCAUCUUCUCCGUAGUUUAUGCAUCAAGCAAGUGGUGCCUGAUGGAGGUGGCGGAAAUGGUGAAGUCCAUGAAGGAGAGAGAACAGCUGAUCAUGCCAUUAUUCCUGGACGUUACGCCCGAUGAGGUCCAACACCAGACAGGUAGUUACGCCAAAGCGUUCUCCCUGCACGAGGAGAGGUUCGGUCAGGAGAAGGUCCAAGCGUGGAGGGAUGCGCUGAAGGAAGUUGUGAAGCUGAAGGGUCUGGAACUGGAUAAAGUGGCAAACGGACAUCAAGGAGAGUUCAUAAAAUUAGUCAUUGCAAAGGUCAUUAGUGAACUGAAGAAGUCUUACUUGGAUGUUGGUACUGUCCUAGUUGGAAUCGAGGAUCGUGUGAAAGAACUUGUGAAAAAGUUAGAAGUUGGCAUAGAUGAUCAUGUUCGGGUCGUCGGGAUUUGGGGCAUGGGCGGCAUUGGGAAGACAACUCUAGCAAAGUUUGUCUACAACCAAAUCGUACACAAUUUUGAAAGUUGUGGUUUCCUUAAAGAUAUCCGAGAAAUGCCCGGCAUCAUAGAGGCCUUCAAGACCUACAGAGCCAAUUGGUCUCCAAAAUAUUAAGGCUUGAGCAGCGGGCCUAUGCUAAUGUAGAGGAAGGAAUCAAUGUGCUUAGGGAAAGGCUUCGCCGUCCUGAUUCUUCUUGAUGAUGUCGACCACAUCAACCAGAUUAAAGCUCUGGCAGCUGACGUUGGUUGGUUUGGCCGAGGAAGCAGGAUCAUCAUCACGACCAGAGAAAAGGGAGUCUUGGAUCAAUUUAAAGUGCAAGAUUUGUACGAAGUCGCAUUACUGGAAAAAGGUCACGCUUUACAGCUCUUCUGCAUGCACGCAUUCAGAGAUAAGUCGCCCAGACCUGACUUGGCCGAUGAAGCAUUGCAGAUCGUGAACAUGACUGGACGGCUUCCUCUGGCUCUUGAGGUUUUGGGAUCACAUUUAUCUGUCUAUGGUGGAACAAAGGAUAAGUGGCAUUGUACAAUAGAGAAAUUGAAAAUUAAACUUGACAUGGUCGAUGUCCGAGAUAAGUUGAAAAUAAGUUACGAGUCAUUGGAACGCGAGGAAAAGGAAAUAUUUCUUGACAUUGCUUGCCUUUUCAUCGGUAUGGACGUCAGGCUAGUGAUUCCCAUGUGGAAAGAUGCUAAAUUUUCACCAGAAGUGGGAAUCGAGAUUCUCCAACUAAAGUCGUUGAUUAAAAUCAGAGAGGACAAUACAAUAUGGAUGCACGAUCAACUCAGAGAUCUUGGCAGAAGCAUUGUUGAACAAGAAGACACAGGACGCCGGAGUAGGCUGUGGUACGGUGAAGAUGCAUUUCAUGUAUUAGUGCAAAAACAGGGAACAUCAAAAGUGGAAGCCAUCAGUCUAGAAGGAUAUCAUUUCAAGGAGGAAGAAGAUAGUCCUGAUGAUGACAUGCUUAGGAAUCUGCCGAGCAUAAGAGUUCUUGAACUCGGCGGUGCAAAACUCUAUGGGAACUUUGAACUUCUUUUCCGUCAGUUGAGAUGGUUGAGUUGGCAUAGAAAGAACAUAUCUCCGCCGACCAAUUUAAUUCUGACGAACUUAAUUGUUCUCAAUCUGUCAAGGAGCGUAAUUCCUGAUGAUUGGAUAGGUUGGAGCUCGAUCAAGUUCGGGCCGAAGCUAAAAGUUCUCAAUCUUAGUAAUUGUCCAAUAAGCAGAACUCCUGACUUCUCAGCAUUUCCAAGCUUAGAGAGGUUGACUCUCGAGUCCUGCCGGGAGUUGGUUUGUGUUGAUCGAUCAAUAGGGCUUCUAAAGAAUCUGAUCCUCUUAAACUUGAGAGGAUGUUGGAGACUGGAGAAGUUGCCGGAGGAAUUGGGUUCCAUGGAGUCACUUGUCGAGCUUCUUCUUGAUCAGACAAGCGUCAAAGAAUUACCUAUAUCGAGAGGUAUGAAAAAGCUUGAAGUUCUCCAUGUCUCGCCGUCUCCAGGGGUGGCACCAGAAUACCAAACGAGCCGAUGAAAUUUUUGAGUCUAUCCUCUUUGAGUGUCUUGAUAAUUGCUGGGUUAAAGAGCCUCCCAGCAGGUAUGAGCACUCUCUCAUGCCUCGAGACCCUUGAUAUUGAUCAACUGGAUUUUCAGACCCUCCCCAAGCUUCCAUCUAGCUUAAUAAGACUAACAGUUAGACAGGCAUCAGCACUGACUUCCGUGAACCUCGCGAACUUGGUUAAUCUAAAAGAAUUGGUUUUGGAUAGGAAUCGGAAUCUCAUGGAGCUGGAAAGCAUCUCUAGCCUAAGGAAGCUCAAAAAAAUGGGUUUGUACUUGAUCGAGAUAUCUACCUUACCGGAAGAGAUUGGUGCAUUUCUCUGUCGUCUUAAAGAUCUUGACAUUGUGGGUUGCUACAGACUUAAAAGCCUCCCCAUACUUCCCUCAAGCCUGUUAGCUUUGAAGAUCCAGUCCUGCGGCUCCCUUGAGAGGUUGCCAGACCUUUCAAACUUGAAGAAUUUGUCGGAAUUAUCGGUUAGUGACUGCAGGAAGCUCAGUGAAAUCGAAGGCCUUGACAAUCUCCCGUCCCUGAAGGAUUUGGAUACAAGUGGCUGCCUUUUAACGAGGCUUGACUGUUUGCACAACCUCAAAAGGUUAUGUAUCAACGGGUGCUGGUGGCUCACACAUUUACCCAAGCUACCACCCUCUUUGGAGGUGUUAUCCCUUAAAGACUGCAGCCAAUUGAGCGAAAUUGAGGUGGUUGCAGAGCUGAAGUCGCUGCAAAAGUUGGAUAUAAGCGAUUGCAGAUCGCUCAUGAAGUUGCCGAACCUAUCGAAGUUGAAGAGGCUGGAGCGCUUCGACAUGAGUAAUUGUGAGAGAAUCACGGAAAUUCCAGGACUCGAGGAACUGAGUAAUCUGCGGGAGUUGAACACACUUGGAUGCGAGGCAUUUAUGUCACCCGACCUUUCAGAGCAGCUGAGGGAAAUUCCAGGACUUGAGGAACUGAAUAAUCUGCAAAAGUUAACUCCCGUCAUAUUAUAAUAUAUUUUAUAAAGUAUGAACUAAUUAGCUUAUAAUUGCAGAAUUAACUAUUC